GAUUCAGAGGAAGAGGAGAAGGAGGGGAGGGUGCCAGAUAGGUACCCAGUGAUACCCAUGCUGAAGCUGCCCCCACCAUCUAUGAGCAGUAUUAGCUACUUCGCCCAUACCAGAAAAGCUCCUCGGGUGAGCCUGCCUGGCUGGAUUGUUUGUUUGUUUUUCCGGAAAUGUGACAUCAGCCUUUUGUGGUGCUGAGUGCAAAAAGAGAAAAAGGCGCCCAAAGGCCGCCCCUCCCUGGCUAGGCUCCUUGGGCCGGGUGAUGCUCAGGGACACGCCUUCUGCCGAGGAGAAGAAAACAACCCCCCUCGGGAGGCUUCUUCUGGUGGGAGCGAGAGAAGAGCGGCGGGAAGAGCUAGGCGACGGCGACAGCGGCAGCAGCAGCAGCAGCACGCGCGCCAGCAUUAGCCAGGAUGCCAAACUGGGGUGGAGGAAAAAAGUGUGGUGUGUGCCAGAAAACAGUGUACUUUGCCGAGGAGGUGCAAUGUGAAGGCAACAGUUUCCAUAAAUCCUGCUUCUUAUGCAUGGUUUGUAAGAAGAACUUGGACAGCACCACAGUGGCUGUUCACGGAGAAGAAAUCUACUGCAAAUCAUGUUAUGGGAAGAAAUAUGGACCAAAAGGCUAUGGAUAUGGACAGGGCGCAGGGACCCUGAGCAUGGACAAGGGGGAAGGACUUGGGAUCAAACAUGAACAGCCCCAGCCCCAUCAGCCUACCAACAAUCCCAAUGCAUCUAGGAUGGCAGAGAAGGUGGGCGGUGCUGAUGGCUGUCCCCGCUGCGGACAGGCUGUGUAUGCUGCAGAGAAGGUGGUUGGAGCUGGGAAGUCAUGGCACAAAUCGUGUUUCAGAUGUGCAAAGUGUGGUAAAAGUUUGGAGUCCACUACUUUGGCUGAUAAGGAUGGUGAAAUCUACUGCAAAGGCUGCUAUGCCAAGAACUUUGGACCAAAGGGCUUUGGCUUUGGGCAGGGAGCUGGAGCACUUGUCCAUUCCCAGUGAAGAGCUGGUCUACCAGUGGUGCUGAAGUCUCCUUUCCAGCACUGAAUCCUUUGUCAAUGCUGAACUCAUCCAGACUGACCCUCACAAAGAACUAAGCCGUUCCACCAAUUCUUACAAAUAUAUUAACAGUAAAAGAAUCUGCUGUUUUCCAGUGCAUCACUGGUUCACCUUCUGUAUGCUAGCUUGGCAGCCAACCGUGGCCCUAUACCAUAGGCCUUGAAGACACUAAAUUUAACAAUUAUCUGCAAUGGACUCUAACCCAACACGGCUCACUUUAGUACAAUGGCCUCCUUAAAUACAAGCUUUCAGACACACUUGAGAGUAUAGUCACUUCUGCAUAUAAAACACAGUGAUAGUUUCCUUCAACAUCUCUUCCUCCCAGCCCUCAGCUAGCAUAGGUUAUUUUUGUGAGAACACACCAUACAUUGCGAUAUUAAGUCUUAUCAAACAUUCAUGUGCAAAAUAUGAAGCUGAUCAAAGAUGACCGUGAACUGCAAGGAUAAACAGCUGGAAGCAAAAACUACUUAGAUCUACAAGUGAUAUAGAGAAGGAAGAGAAGAGUGUGAAAACACAUACAGUGUGUAAAUAAAGCACUUUUACUAGAAUUUACAUAGAGGAACUAUGGAGAGAAAUCUUAACUCUCAUAAGCUGGAGCAGACAUUUCAUUUUCAGUAAAAUUUCUACUAGGUCAAUAUAUUCAGCAGUGUGGCCACUGAUUCAGACACCUUUUCAUAUUUGGGAGAAAUUGCAUUAUAUAAAAAUUAAGGUUUCAGAGGUUGAUAUACAGCUGUUUUCCCCAGUGAUAUUGCCCAGCAUUCCUCUAAUUCCUAAAAGAAUGUAAGAAUUUGGAGACAAACAUAGUUUCCCUUGAUUCCAUAUUUGUUACUUACAGCGAUUGGGACCACUGAGAAGAGGGUCUAGAGCUCUCAUUUCCUGCUAUUUAAUGUUAAACACAAUUUCUCUUUGUGUCACUUGCACUAAGGAAGUGCAUAAUGAGUUCAGUUUCAGUUCUUUAUGAUGGCCUGUCACACUGCAGAGAAAUGUUUUUGUUCUUACCUCUGUUUAGGAGAUUCCUUGAGCAGAAGAGGGUCUGCCUAUUGCAUUGUCAUGGAAUAGGUGCCCAAGCAUUCUGACAAAACCAGUACCAAAAACAGGUGCCACCAGAUUUAAACAGCUUCCUACAAGUUUGUAAUGUAAUAGAAGAUUGAAGCCAGUAAUGAAUCUGAAUCAUAGUGUAUCAUUUAAUAGAAUGUAAGAAGAGAACAAGGUAGAUUGGAAUCUCCCUCAAACCACAAAAAUAGCAAUUUUAUAAACAUCAAAAUAUGCAGUCUAAAGUUGACAAUCUCGCUUCUUUUGUGAAGUUCAAAGGAAGUCUGGCUUUCAAAGUAUGAGCCAUUAAUGGGCUUGGAGUUUUUAAACAUAAUCCAGGCUAUAUAUUUCCCAAUUUAUUUUAGCACCAGAUGGGGCCACAUUAGUUUUUAGUGUGAGCUAAAUGCCCAGCUCAUGUCCUUUAGGAUGCAGCCUCAAUAAUGUCUUAACCUCUCCUCCUUAGGUGAUUGCAUGGAAUUAGAGCGAAAUGCUGUGGGUCUGUACCACAUCUGUUACAAGCAUGUCGGAGAAACUGUAGUAAUAACAUUUUUACAAUGUUUUGUUACAUACUAGAGAUGUGUUCAAAUAGAAUUUUAUGUAUUCAAUAAAGCAGUCAAAAGGA